GAGUCUGUUUAUCCUGGGAAAACGCUCAAAAAGGUACAUGUCUUCACUAGCAUUAAUUGUGUUAUAUGCGUAACAAGGCCAGAGAGGAACCAAUGAUGCCAUUACGGUUAUCCUAUAAAACUCAAUUCACCCUCCGUUGAAAUGGAACUUUGACACAUUUCUACCGAAGGUCGACUUUCGAUUAUUUGCUGACCAACUGGUAUAACCUCAUGAAACCUAACAGCUGAUCAACGAAUUUGUUCACCAGUCACCACGGUGACAUCGUUACGUACAUUGUGAUGUGUACAUAUCAUGAUGUAGCUGUUGAUUAGACAAAAUGACGGCAAUGGCAGAGUCAACUUCAUUACUGCAUUCAGUACUUGAAAAGGAUGACCUAUCAUAUUUUUACUACAUCUGGCUGGUCCCCCUUGUGUUCGGAUUACCAGGAAAUGUUUUGGCUAUCAUCAUUGCAAAUCGAAGGAACAACAGGCACUUGUCACCAUGUAUCUACAUGACGGCGAUGGGUGUGGCCGAUUUGGUUCUUGUCCUGGAAAGGAUCGGGCUAAUCAUAUUCACGAAGGCUUUACUGGAGCACAACGUAGCCAUUGAUCUUUCGUGGUAUUUCAAGGUGACAGUUUACGUUCUUCAUACUAGCAGCAUCCUGUCUGGUCUGUUCCUCUCGGGGUUGUCCAUAGAUCGUCUGAUUGCUGUCAGAUUCCCCAUGCAUGCUCAGAGGUUAUGCACAACUUCAAGGGCAAAGACAAGUAUCAUUUUGAUUACUGUAAUACUUUCUCUCGCAAACAUACACUUGCUGUACAUGGUGACCUACUUCAAAGAUAAACUGCUAGGCAUCUACGUAUGGGUGUUAUCCACUCCUGGAUAUCCUGUCUUCGAAGAAGUUGUAACAGGUUUCCAUAUGAUCUUUGGGACAAUUCUUCCAUUCUUUAUCAUUUUCUCGUGUAAUGUAGUUAUAAUCAUCACUCUUAGGCAAGCAUCAAACGAGAGAAGGAAGAUGGACUCUAACCAACAAAAAAAUAAAGAUUCUCAGCAUCUUACACGCAUGCUCCUCUUUGUCAGUUUUGCUUACGUCAUCAUAACGCUGCCGUACAGACUGACACAUAUGCUGAUAAAAAUUCCAGCGAUAUCGAACACCUUCGAUAUGACAACGUUACUAGGAAGAACCGAGUAUGUUGUUCUACUGUGGGGCAUGGGAAAUAUUUGGAUGUGCAAUUACUGCAUCAACUUCUAUUUGUAUUGUCUUGGAGGAGGUAGAAGGUAUCGAACUGACGCAAAACAGCUUUUCAGAGAGUUUUUCCGAUGUUAAAUAUUAUAAUUACGCUAUUGUGACGAUACCUACUCCAGGUCAAACACGGCUGCCGUAUCAGCCUGUAUCACGGGUAAUUUGCUAGUUCAUGUACAUGUAUGUCUAAAAAGUAAAUGCUUUGGAAGUGAUGUUUCAGACAAAGUUACACACAAGAGUUAGACAUGAACAACCAACACGGAACGCUUCAUGAAAACCGGUGUUCUAUUUUCGUAACAACACAGCUGACUAUUUAUAUUGUAAACCAUGAGAUUUGUAUGCGUAUUUGGCGUCAAAUGUCAGUUAUAUUUAGUCAAACCUACACUAGUUUCAACAGUUAUGCCUUGUUUUGAUGGCUAGCUGGUGGAUUCCUGUGCUAUCUCGAUCUGUGGGUCAUGCAGCAGACUUCCCGAGGAAACCCUACUACCUGAAUUUGAUUAGUCCACACGUUCAAUCAGUCUCCAUCAUUACUAUUACACUGUGUUGUGGCUAUGAAUUAGCUUGCAGAAAUGGUAGAGUCAACGUCAUUGCUCUAUUUAACACGAGAAAAGGAUGACCUUUCGUACUUUUUCUACAUCUGGCUUGUACCGUUGGUGUUUGGAUUACCAGGAAAUGUUUUGGCUAUCAUCAUUGCAAAUCGCAAGAAGAACAGGCACUUGUCACCGUGUAUCUACAUGACGGCGAUGGGUGUGGCCGAUUCAGUUCUUGUCCUGGAAAGGAUCGGGCUAAUCAUAUUCACGAAGGCUUUACUGGAGCACAACGUAGCCGUUGACCUUUCAUGGUAUUUCAAGUAGGUUUCAGGUCUUUGAAAGUUAUAGUUAUUACAGUAGACGGUUAUGAAUAAAACGAUAGUGAACUCAUGUUAGGUAAAUAAGCAAAUAAUUUAGGUGAUCUGAGAUUAUCGAUAUUU